AGGGGGUCGGAGAGAGAGAGAGAGAGAGGAGCCUGGGGGAGGGCAGGAAGCCGAGAGCAGGACUGAGUUGGAAUCCUCCCUUUUACGAGUCCCUCUGGGGCAGACACCUCCCAACUGUGCCUGCUGGAGUACAAUUCCUGGAUUCCCCCCCAACCCCAAGCCGCGAACCCCACCCCGCCCCCCACGUCCUGGGACUAUGCCGCUGGGCGGGGCUGGCUGGCCCCGGAGAGGAGCUGGACUGGGCAGCGCCUGGGUGCGAGUUUCCUGCGGAGUACAGUGUAUCACGGGGCUGCUCUGGUGUCUGACAUGGGUCGGCUGUAGCCUCUGGAUUCCUCUUCAGGAUCUUCUUUUCUGCUAAAAGGUCCUGCCUGGAGGGGGUGUCCGGGGACGGGGAGGCAGUGCCAGAUGCAGUUUUACUGCGCCCUGUAAGGACCCAGGAGUCCUGCCUCCCAGUCUCUGAUCCCAGACCCCCGAGCUCCUGCUCCCUACCUCCUUGGUCAACCUCUGCUUCAGUCACCCCAGGCAGGCUCUAUUCUGACAAAACAGGCAAUAAUGAGCACAGAGAGGGUGGAGAGUGAAGAGGAAUUCAGGAGGGCGUCCUGGAGGAGGCGAAAUUGUCGUUCUAACUGUAGGGAAACCAGGGAGGGCAGUGGUCCGAGCUGGGAAGGGAGAGCCUGUUAGCCGCCCCUGGGGGACAGCCAGAGAAGAUGCUCCUGGCAAGGAGCUGGAGGUGCUGUUCAUAGACGCCCCAGGAGGCUGGUGUGUCCUGGACAAGGCUGUGGCAGGGUGGUGGUGGAUGGAGCCAUUAGGGCUGGGAAUGCCCAGGAGCAUCAUGGGGGAUUUGAUACAGGGUAGGCUAGACACAACCAAAGUCACCUGAGGGGCUGAAUGGAGGCUGGCUGGGAGGGGGAAGAGAGCCCAGGAGGCCAGCAGAGCCCCAGGAAGGUCCUGCAGUCAGGGCUGAGGGGCUGAGGGAGGAGGAGGGUCUUCCCCAGAGGGAGGACUGCCCUCUGGCAAAGGGAACCCCACCUGGGCUUCCGGGGAGCCCAGUGGACAGGGCCUGGGUUUCAUUGUGGCCUCAGAUCCUUCCUGUGCUCUUGUCGGCUCCCCCCUUUUGUCUUUGAACCCUGAGCUGGCUGGAGGAUCUCCCCCUGGAGGCUGGCUGGGCCCCCCUGGAGCACUGGGAAGGACUCCCCCGCCCUCAUGAUCUUCCCCCAGCCCAAGGGGGCCUUCAGCAGGCACUUGAGGGCUUCUGGGAUGGGAGAGAUGAGGUGGUCCUCCUGCAAGACCCUCCCACACCCCCUGAGAGCAAGGCUUUGGCUUUGGGCAGUUUCUUGUAAGAUUGGCCUACAUUGGUCUCUUGGUCACAUGCAGGCCCUGUUCCUGGUUCUGGUUCUCCUACUUUUCCUCCCCCCUCCUCCCCACUGACUGCUCUCCACUUGCCUGAUUCUCCUCAGGUGUCUCAAACCCCACCACCCCAGAACUCCAAGAUGGCCCCUCGGUGGGCCUCACAUUCCCUCAGCCCCCCACCCCACCCCAUGGACCCUGUUCUCACCCAGGAGCUCUCUGCUGCCCCCACAUUCCUCAGGCUAUAUCUAGGCAGUUGCAGGGGAGGGGAGGGCAGGGUUGGGUCCCUAGAAUGAUGGGGAGGAAAAGAGGGGCUGGAUGCUGAGGAAAGGGAGUUCUCUCCUGCCCAGCCUGGUGGUGGUGGCCCAGGGGGAAUCCCAACCCUUGGGUGGAGUCUAGGAGGAGAGAGGAGCCAUUCCAGGGGUUUAAGGAUUCCUGACCCAGGUGUCCUGUUUCCCAGCUCCUACUUAGAGAUUCUUCUGUAUUGCCCUCAGACCCAGCCCUCUGUGAGGAUCCCUGAGGUCUGCCUUCUUCUCCUGGGGCUGCCCAGGAGCCAAAGCCCUUUCCUGGCACCCUGAUUUGGCCCCCUGGCCCUUGGGCUGGUCCCCAUCCCCUAAGGAGACCCCAGUAACCUUUCAACCUGUUUCCCCAGGCUCUCAGCCAUCCCCAGGAACACUUGAGUCUUUCCAGGGUCUCUGCCCUCCAUUAUGUUUAUAAUAGAUGAAGAAGGGAAUAAAGGGAUGGAGAUAGAGAGACCCUGUGUGUGUGUGUGUGUGUGUGUUAGAGAUGAUCGGAGAUGAGUUAGACACUCUGGCUCUCCUCCCUCUCAAUAAAGGACUCAAGACGGGUAUCCCUGAGGUGAUGUUUGAGCAAGGAUGGACAGAGACCAUUGCCCCAAACAAGAGUCUUCAGUGACUUGAGGAACCAAGUUUUUCCCAGGGCUUUGCUGAAACCUGGGACCCAAGAAAACCUCCUCUCUCUACACAAUCCUGAAGUGAAAGGCUGAAUGGCUUCUACUCUGGAUUUACUUGACUAGCCUUCCCCAGUUCCCUCUUUCUCUCCUUUUCUCCUUCUUUCUUCUAAAAGACAACUUUGAUCUGACUGUGAUUUACUCAGAAGGGAGUAGUUUAUUAGGUCAGAGAACAAGGGAGGGUUUGGAAGGAGGGAUUAGGAAACCCUAAGAGACACUCGAGCAGUUUGUGUCUUCUCUGCUCAGCUGAGCGAAAUGGCUAUGGCUUCUGUGGGUUUUUCCUCCUACCUAAACUAUCUAUUAGACUACACUACAGCAGGCCACUAGUGUCCUCCUUGGGUAGGCACAGGUUGGGACAGGUCUUUGGAGUGACCCCAUUAGGUUUCAGGGUUAAAAGCCCCUCAGCAGCUGAUGGUGGUAUCUCUGCCCCUUUGGUAGGUGCUCCAAUGAUUUGAGGAAUCGUUCUAUUUAUUCAGGACAAGGAGAAAUUGAGGCAAAUCUCAGGUAUCUCAGUUUUGAGUCCUGAGCCCAGGUCCUCUGCUGCAGUUUCCAGAGAACAAAAGGCCCCCUCCUUAGUUCUCUUUCCCACAAGCCUCUUUGUUGCUUCCAACUGUCCCUCCUGUCCCUGCUUCCAGCAUUGUAAAUGGUCCCUCUUUGUUCCAGUCUCAUUCCUACACCUCCUUUCUAGGAGCUCUGUUGGACUGUGUGCCUUCCCAGUCCCUCUCUUGGCUCUCCUUCCCCAUGCUUCCCUGCUAUGUCUUCUGGAAGAGCCCUUACGCCCCUUCCUUAAGCCCCCUGCAAGAGGGAUUUAGGCUCCAAUCCCUAGCCCUGAAGGUUCUGCCUGGGCCCAUUCUAUGUGGGAUCCUAAAGCCCUGCUGCCUCUUGGGGGUCUGGGAGGAUGGGAGAAAGGAAGGGGCAGAAGAAGAGGAACAGAGUGCUCAUCUGCCCCUUCAGACCCUCUUCUCUUCCCAAGCUACCCCUUCCCCUCUGCUGGUAGCAGGCUGUCCCCUGAGGCCAAGCCUGGCCCUUGGUGACUCCUGUAGCAUCUUACUCCCUGUAGAUCCCUGUGAGGCAGCCUCAUAUCUAGGAAGAGAAGGGAAAACCUCUGCCCCUCUGAGUUCCUUCUCCCUCCCCAUCUCAGGGUGCAAAAGCCCAGGGCCUGGCCCCAGGAGGGAUGGGGCUGAGCCAGAUCCCAAACUGGAAUGGAGGGCAGUUUUCUUCUCAAAUCGCACCAAGGGCAAUUGGCCCAGAGAGUGAGCCCAAAGGCAGUGAAGAAGAUGGACUUUUUUCUACACAGGGGGAAAGAAGGGAGGGAGUACCCUGGGAGUGGGGUUCCAGGUCAGCUCCUGCUGCUCAGAAGGGUUGACCAGUCAAUUGUUCCCUAGGCCAAGGGAGGCCUGUUGGGAAGAGCUUUGGCUGGAGCACCAUUUGGGGAGCCAGAAAGUCGGGGGAGGAGGCUCCAGACCCUAAGUGGGGUGAAAUAGUAAUUUUUUAUUCCCUUUUUAAUUUAAUGGGGGACCUAGAGUUCCUCUUACCAUAGAGAUGUGUAGGGAUUAACCAGCUCACAGUUACAGGAAGUAGAAACCAUAGAGAUAGGAAGGAGGAACCAUAGAGACAGGAAGUGAGGUAGGAAAAAGGGUAUUAAAGGGGACCACUAUCAAUUGAUCAUUCUGUCAGUUGCUGAUAGCCAUUAGUUGCUGAAAUGUAAAGACAGGUUGCAGCUUACUGAGAGGGCUUUUUGGCUUUAGACUUUUGAGCGUUUUGGGGUUUGGGUUUGGGCUGUUAGAUUUUUUUUCUUUUGUGAACUUUUGGAAAGGUGGCUGGUCUUCACUGACAGACCUAUUUGGGGUUGUAUUAAAUACUGAUUGAGUUGGUUUUGAUUGGGCUGGAACUUUGUGACCUGAUUGUUAUUAGUGGUAGUUCAAGGCAGUUUUAUGUAUAUAUAGUCUGUUUAGGUAGUUAUUGGAUAACUAGUAUAAAAACUGAGAUAUUUUCUUUCUCUACCUCUUAUGUUUCUCUCCUUUACUAUAUUCAUUUUACUAUAUUCUUUUUCUAUCUGUAUUUUAAUUUAACUAAAUUGUUCAUUGUUAAAAGCUGCUAGAAGUUUUCUCUGACUUAAAGGGAUAAUAUUAAUUUACAAAUUAAUUCUCUGAAAACUUAAAUGAUUAAAAGCUGCUCUCUUAUUUUGUCAAAAGCCCAAGUUUAACCCUUACAGAGUCAAGGCUGGGAAAAAAAUAGAGGAGCUUCACCUGAUGGACUCAGUGGAGCUACUUUGCUGCUUCUACAGAGAGCCUGGAGCCUCAGGGAUGGCCUUUGAGAGGGACAGACUCCCAGCCCAGGUCAGUGCAUUCCAGCCCCAGAUGGGAGUCCCAUCAGGCAAUGAGGCCUUUCCCUGGCUCUGACACAAGAUGAGCUGGGAAGCUACUCCCUCCUACCUGCUGGGCCAUUUCUGUCCUCACAUUCUCGGCUCUCAUCUUGGCUUUGGUAGUGAAUCCUUGGCCCUUGGGUAGCUCAGACCCCAAGAGCUGACCCCAGGCACUGACUCCCAUGUCAGAUUUCUCCCCAUCACAAAUGAGUGCCAAGUACAACCACUGACUCUUUCUUCUUCCCUGUCUAGGGAUUGUAUCCUUGCUCUCUCUGCUUGCCUGGCAACACUCACACCCUCUUCCUCUGCCUUUUUUCACCUGUUCUCUCUUGAGUCUGGUCUGGAGCAGAGCCUGAGGGUGUCCCCUCAUCUAUGCCAUCCUCAGUGCUGCUCAUUGGCUUCUGCCUCAAGUCCUCGAGCCUUCCCAGGUCUCUCCAGCUCCUUUUUCCCAUUUCUUAGCCCAAGUCAGCCGGGGUGGAGGAAGACCCUGGUUUGUGCCUGUUACUGCUCAGCACAAAGGUAGGGAGAAGCCAUCGGCCACCCUCCAGGCAACCCCCCAUUCUGACUAAGGAGACCCCUCAGGAGCCAUGUCCAAACAAACUCUGGGUACAAUGGAGGGAGGCAUUAUGGGAGGGAAGACUCUUAAGGGGAGAUCAUUGGUUCCCAAGGUGAAGAUUCUGUUGGGAGUUAAAGGAAGCUCCAAGGCCAGAGACAGGAGGGAGAACAUUCCUUGUAGGGAAACAGACAGCCUUCUGCUGUUGGGGGGAAUAUUACAAAGUCGGGACAUUAAUGCACUGCUGGUGGAGUUGUGAAUUAAUCCAACCAUUCUGGAGGGCAAUUUGGAACUAUGCCCAAAGGGCACUAAAAGACUGUCUGCCCUUUGAUCCAGCCAUCGCACUGCUGGGUUUGUACCCCAAAGAGAUAAUAAGGGAAAAGGCUUGUAAAAGAAUAUUCAUAGCUGUGCUCUUUGUGGUGGCAAAAAAUUGGAAAAUGAGGGGAUGCCCUAUGGUUGGGGAAAGGCUGAACAAAUUGUGGUAUAUGUUGGUGAUGGAAUACUAUUGUGCUCAAAGGAAUAGUGAACUGGAGGAAUUCCAUGGGAACUGGAACAACUUCCAGGAAGUGAUGCAGAGCGAGAGGAGCAGCCAGGAGAACAUUGUACACAGAGACCGAUACACCGUGGCACAAUCGAAUGUAAUGGACUUCUCCAAUAGUGUCAAUGCAGUGAUCCUGAACAACUUGGAGGGAUCUAUGAGAAUCUAUGAGAGAUCUAUGAGAUCUAUGAGAAAAAACGUAUCCACAUUCAGAGGAAAAAGUGUGGGAAUAGAAACACAGAAGAAAAGCAAUUAUUUGAAUACAUGGGUCGAGGGGAUAUGGCUGGGGAUAUAGACUCUAAAUGAAUAUUUUAAUGCAAACACCAACAACAUGGAAAUGGGUUCUGAUCAAGGACACAUGUAAUACACAGUGAAAUUAUGCGUCGGCUACGGGAAGGGUGGGGGAUGGGGAGGGAUGGAAAUAAUAUGAUUCUUGUAACCAAGGAUUAAUGUUCUAAAAUUACUAAAUAAAUAAAUUAAAAAACAAAACAAAACAUGUGCCAUCGAUCAAGACCCAUUUCCUUAUUAUUAAUAUUUGCACUCGGGUGAUCAUUUAGAGUCUACAUCCCCAAUCAUAUCCCCACUGACUCAUGUCAUCAAGCGGUUGUUUUUCUUCUAUGUUUCUUUUCCCACAGUUCUUCCUCUGGAUGUGAAUAGUGUUCUUUCUCGUAAGUCCCUCCAAAUAGUUCUGGAUCAUUGCAUUGCUACUAGUAAAGAAGUCCAUUACAUCUGAUUGUGCCACAGUGUAUCAGUCUCUGUAUAUAAAGAUAAUGUUUCCUGGUUCUGCUCCUCUCACUCUGCAUCAAUUCCUGGAGGUCAUUCCAGAUCACAUGGAAUUCCUUCAGUUUAUUAUUACUUUGAGCACAAUAGAAUUCCAUCACCAGUUUAUACCACAAUUUCUUUAGCCAUUCCCAUUUGGAGGGCAUCCCUCAUUUUCCAAUUUUUUACCAUUUCAAAUUGCACAGCUAUGAAUAUUCUUGUACAAGUCUGCAAGUGUUCUUGAACAGAGGUGUUUGAACCUGAGCAGCAGGUGGGUACAUUCCUUCUCUGUUCAGUAGGCUUCCUCACUGAUCUAGUCCUUCCGUUGUUGGACAAGAUGGAGAGAAAGGGGCAAGUUUCUGGAAAGCCUGGGAGUUUGCUUUGGAAAUGGGGUUAGGGAGGUGUUAAGGUGAAUUUUUGGUUUGAGACUAAAUAUAUGUUUUAGUGGUCUCCAGGGAUUUAAAUUCUAAAUCCCAAUGAAAUACUCAAGUGAGAAUGGAAUUUUGUGGUGGUUUAUUUACAAUAGAAGGAAGUAAAGAUGUACUCGGGCCUGGCCUGAGCCAGAGGGAGUUCACAGGCCUCUCAGCCAAGGGGUCUUCCCAGGAAGAUAAAAUCUAGCUCAGCUUCCAGCUAAGAGGCUGGUGCCUUCAGAAGGGUCAAGGAAAAGGGGAGUCAGCCUUAUCACUCAUCACAUGGCAGCCUAAGGGAAGCAGUCUUGGGACCCACAUUUCCAGCUCCUCCAACAAGCUCCACUUCCAAAGUCCACCAAACCCACCAAAGAUGUCUCACAUGUACCAAUGGUAGCUUAAACUUGGCUUAGGACAGCCCAGGGGGCCAGUCAGUUGUUUCUGAUUUGUCACUUGCUACCACACACAGGUCACAGACCAUUCUCCCCAGGUGUAUACAUUCCUGGUUGCUAAAAUUCUUUUUUUUUUUAAACCCUUACCUUCCAUCUUGGAAUCAAUACUGUAUAUUGUUUCCAAGGCAGAAGAGUGGUAAGGGCUAGGCAAUGGGGGUCAACUUGAUCAGGGUCACAUAGCUGGGAAGUGUCUGAGGCCAGAUUUGAACCUAGGCCCUCCCAUCUCUAGGCCUGGCUCUCAAUCCACUGAGCUACCCAGCUGCCUCCUUGGUUGCUAAAAUUCUAAAGACUAAGCAGGGUGAAGAAAAUCUAAAAUUCACAGAGGUCCUGAGAGAGACAUCGUUCCCUUCUCACAAAGACAUCGAGCUCAAUGGCAAAGAAAGGGAUACAGACAGAAUGAAGUGCUUUAUGUUCUUCUAAAACUCUGUUUUCAGCAAUCUGUGUAAUAACCCUCUGGGGUAAAUGUUCUUGUUCUCAUCAUUUCACAGUUGAAGAAACUGAGGUGAACAGAGGUUAUAUACAGAAAUUUUUCUGUUUUAAGUAAUCAAACUUUUCCUUUUUUAUGGUAAUUGCCUCUAUCUGGAAUUCAACUAAGCUUUUGUGUCCUUGAACUGCAAGGUAAAACAUCACUGAGGCACCCUUUCAUGCCACUUGACAGGAGGUAUUUUCUUAUUCUGUUCCAUUGCUUUAUCUUCUUAUUUUACCUCUACCCCAGGUUUAGGAUGACUGCUGACUUGUGAUCUGGUCUGCUGUUCCCCAGUUAUUCUGGCUUCUUUUCAUCAUUUUCUUUGAUAUGGUUGAUCUUUUGUUUUUCCCAAAUGAAUUUUGUUAUGAUUUUAUCCAGCCCUGUCAGAUGUCCUCUUCCUCAUGGCAUGAGGGGUGAAAUUACGUUUUUUUCUCCUGGAUUACAUUUUUAGAUUUGAAACUAUACAAAUUCUGUUCAAUCUAAAGCAGUUUCUGUGAGGUUUCAUUAGAGAAAUUUAUGUGGACUAAAGGGUGGAGUUCCCCCUCUCUGAAGAGAGAUGUUGAGGCUGACCUAAUUGCUGUUUCCAGAAAAUCUCUGUUCUCAGUGUUCCCAUAAAGCAUGGUGUCAGCGUUUCCUGUAAGGUUUGUGAACAAGCUGACCAUGUGCCAUCUCCUGAGCUGAUUCCCUUUUGGGAAGGAAGGAAGGGUUUGGGGCAGUGAGGGGUGAAUUGUGGAAACAUUCCUUAUCUUGUGACUCACUGCUGGAGUUGGCUCAGUUCUCUUCUGUUCAGGUGUGUGCCUUGUCCAAAUUCUGUCUGGUGAGGAAAGUUUAUUCAAUCAGGAGAAUUGGGAGAAAGCCAAGUUGCAUCAUUUGAACCUCUUCCUGCCUGACUUGGAAACUGGACUGCCUGUACCUGCUGUUUAGAGACCCUCAGCUAAUGCUGGAGCUUAGGUUGACCAGAAACAAAGUCAGAUUCUGAGACUGAUGGAAGGAGUUUUCUCAUUGUAUAUCUCAGGCAUUUAGUGGGUCUUAUCUGCAAACUGGGUUUAUAUAGAUCAAUCAAUUAUUGUUUCUUUGUUCUUUUGAUUGCUUACAGAUUUUGGGAAGGAAUGGAACCCCUUUUCAGAGAACUUCCUCUGUCGUCCUUCUCCAUCCUAAUUUAGCAAGUCCCUAAUCUUUCCUCUAGUUAGAAAGCAGAUGACACAACAUUGCAUUGUUUCCUUUGCAUUCAUUGGUUUUAUUUAAUUCAUCUCUUUUAAAAUAGAUAAGUCUCUUUUCCCCCUGAUUUCAAGGUCUAGGCCUAAGCCCAGGAAAGGCCCUGGUCCUUAUUGGUUGGGCAGUUGGCAUACAUUGCUUUAAUAAAUUCAUGUGCUCAGAAGAGCAGAGCUUUGAUUCCUCAGGCAUUUCAUCUUUCAUUUAUCACAGUUAACCUCUUUAUUUUCUUCUCCAUUUGCCUAGAAAUCUAGUCCCUGGGUCAAAGCUAUCCUUGUCCUCCAAGUGCCACACUGGACUAACCCUCACCCUAACCUCCACCCCGACUACAAGUUGCAGCCUCCUUCCCUCCCCCAGGAGAAGUAGACUCCAGGCACCAAGUCUCUCUGGCCUCAGUGUGAGUUCUCAUAUCCCUUUACCCAUGAGAACAUUCAUCAGUGGACCCCCCUUCCAUGUCAAGUAGGGUCUCCAUCCUUUUCCCAUCUAUUUAGGUUUUGCCUUCUCCAUACCUCCUCCCCUAUAUGCUCUAUCUUUCUGAAAUGAUAGAAACCUCCUCUUCAGCCUUAUCUGCAACCUUUGUUGCUUUUGGCCCACUCUCUCUUCCUCGAUAUUCUCUUCUCUCUAGAGUUUUAGGAAAUGGCUCUCUCUCUCUACCGGUUUAGCUCCUACCUCUCUGACCUGUGAUUCUCUGUCUUCUCUGCUGGCUCCUCCUCUAGAUCUUAUAACAGUGGGAUUAGUGUGAGGGAGUUCUUCUAACCCUGUUUUUGGCUAUCUAAUCUCUGUGCUUACCUAGUCUUUCAUCUCAUGUUUUCUUAUAGGGAUUUCACAUUAGGUGACCAGUAGGCAUCUUGAGCUCAGUGUGUCCCAAAUACAUUGUUCUCUCCCACCUAGACAGAACCCCCACCUUCUUGAUAGCUGUAUUCUUCUUGUCUCUCGGGCUCAAAACCAAGGAGCCCCCCUUGACUCCUCACUGUCCCUUACCUACAUAUCCAACAUGGUGCCAGCACCUGGUAGUUUCUAUAGCAUUUCUCGAAAUCGAUGCCUUCUAUCUUGUGUCACUGCCAUCCUCCUGGUGGAGUCCCAUAUCACCCCUUUCCUGGACUAUUGAGACAACCUGCUGCUGGAUCUGUUUCCCACAAGGCUCUUCCCACUCCAUUGCCUCCUCCAUUCUCCAACCAGAGUGAUUUUCCUACAUCUCAGUUCUGAUCAUGUGACUCUCCUCCAUAAACCCUAGUGACUCCCUAUUCCCUCCAGGAUCAAAUACAAAACAUUCUGUUUGGUGUUCUAAGUCCCCUUUCUUGUCUUCUUAUUCAUUAUUCCUCAGUCUGUAUUCUUAGAUCUAGGGAACCUGGUCUCCUGGCUUUCUUCACCUACAGACUUUUUAAAAAAUCCUUUACUUUUUGUCUUAGAAUUGAUGGUAAGCAUCUGUUGUGAGGCAGAAGAUGGCUAAGAGGAAGGCAAGCGGAGGUAAGUGGCUUACUCAGGUUAACAUAGGUAGGAAGUGUUAUUGGUCAUAUUUGAACCCAGGACCUUCUAUCUCUAGUUCUCUAGUCACAGUCUCCAAAAUAGCAAAGGUUUUUUUAACCCUUACCUUUCAUCUCAGGGUCAGUUCUAAGAUAGAUAAGUGAUGAGGUCUAGGUAGUCAGAAUCAAGUGACUUAUCCAGGAUCACACAUCUAGGAAGUGACUGAGGUCACAUUUGAACCCAGGUCUUCCUGACCCCAGAUCUGGCACUCUAUCCACCAUGUGAUCUUACUGUGUCUAGUUCCAGGCAUUUUCCAUGGCUUUACCUGAUGUCUGGAAUAUUUUCCCUCCACAUUUGAGAUCAGUGACCCCUUUAAACUUCCUGUGAGCCCCAACUAAAGGCUAAAAACUUUCUACAGGAAACAUUCCCUCAUCCCUCUUAGUCAGAGUGCCUUCAUUCUUUCCAUUCUUCCCUAUUUCUCCUAGACAGAGCUUGCUUUGUGUCUAUGGCUUUGUAUUGUCUCCCUUUGCUACUGGACUGUGAGCUCCUAGAGGGCAAGGGCUGUCUUUUGCCUCUUGGGGAAUCCCCAGAAAGGCAGAAUAGGUGUUGAAUGUAGAGGGAACAGAAAUAAAAGUUUCUGGGCUUUGAGAUGUCCUUUGUAUGUCCCCAUAAUCUCUGUAUCUGCCUCCUCUUCUCCCCUCUGGUCCUGUAAUCCAAACAAGAAGCAUUCUCCUGGAGCAGAUGGGACACCACAAGAUUCUUCCCAUGAUUCCUUCAGUCUUCACUUUCACUUUUAGCCUUGCUGGGUUUCCUCCUUCCUUCCUUUCUCCUUAUCUGUAGUUUUUCAAAGAAGCCUCUUUCUGCUCUCUCUGAUGUGUUUCUGUUACUACUAUUGUUUUCAUUUAUUCAGGCCUCCUGCAUUUCUGCUGUUUGGGUUGUUCAAGAAGCAAAUGAUCUCUUCCCUUUGGGGUCUUUUCCUAAGAAUACUGCAGACUCCUCUUCAUUGUGAAGCUCAUGUUUACCGAUGUUGGGAGUGAAAUUUAACCAGAGGGUAAACUGCAGCAGCUCUCCAAGGAAGUUAAGCAGGGGAAUACUGCUUGUCAAUAAAAGGGGUCAGGGGCUUUCUUCUGUUAAUGCUCCAAACCCUAAGCAGAAGGCUAGAUCUCAUUGAUAGGUUUGGGGGAACACAGAACAAAGAACACAUAGGGUAAGUAUUGUCUAUCAUAGGAUGGAGGGUUAGCAGUAGUUAUAGAGCUGGGAUAAUCAGGGACACUGUGACUGACUGGAAUAAUCAGUAAUUAAGCAAUACCCCAGCCCUUCCACUCUCCUCACACUAAGAAGAGAUUCUUGUGUAGGUCCAGUGCAAGGUCAGGGCCCCAACUUUGGGCAGCAAACCAGACAUUUCUGAGAUGGGUUGGGGGUGUAGAAAGACUAAAGCUGACUCCCUGGGGCUCAUCUGAAUCUUCCAAGGCCUGUGAAUGUUUUGAAAUGAGGCUAAAACAGUGAUGAAAGGCCCAAGAGCUGGAUUCUAUACUUCCCCUAUUGCAGCCUAGCUGAAUGUAUAGCUGAGUCAGGAGGCAGAGAAGCAGGAGUCAGGCAGUUCCUGGACAAAAGCAGUUACUGGUAAAUAGGAUCAGUAAGUAAAUGUUACAAUUAAAAGAGUGUUUGGUUUAUAUUGUGACUGCAGAAAAUAUGGUUUCAAGACAGUGUCUUGUUUUAAAUCAAAUAAGUGGCCACCAGGGAAAAAUUCCCAAAUAUUAAAUAUACCCAAGUCAGCUGGGUUUUAUAGAGCUUUUAAUUUAUACAAAUGAGGAAUUAAUGAAAGAAAGAAAGAGGAAACAAUGAAAAAGAGAUAGGCCAGCCUGGGAUAGCCUAGGCUUUUAAGCCUUAAGAGAGAGAUCAGUUAUCCACUCACCACAAGAUUUGUCCUAAGCAAGAUUCUAGUGUUCAGAGAGAUACCGGUUCAGCUUCAGCUAGCUCAAUCAAGUUCAGCCAUCAAGCCCUUCAAGGCAGCUUUGGCCAGCUGCCUCCUCCAAUUCAGCUUUUCUCAGCUGAAUUCCCAGAGACCUCUUUUAGAUCUCCUUUUAAAGGGAAUUUUCUCCUAUGUCACCUCCCCUAAGUUCUCACAUCUACCAAUCACAGUAGACCUUUUCCAAAGGACAGACCAUUCUGAAUUCACACAUGAGUAGACUAAACUUUCUGAGCAAGUUCCCAAGUUGCCUGACCUUUAUAGGUACUUAGCACCCUUUUGUAUUAGAUCUAAAAACAGGCCCAGCUUAAGGGUUUUUUGCCUUAUAAGUAUGGGUUAAGUACUUUUCAUUGUUCAGCAAGGAGUUUACAACUUUAUCUUCCCAUAAAGUAUGCUUAAGUAGGGGUGGAGUAGAGGUCUCACAUUCCUGAUCAAGUACCUUCAUUGUUUAAAUGGGGAAUGGGCUUAACCAAGUGUUCUGAAGUAGGGUCUGAGAAUUUUUAAGAUUCACAUAAAUAAUCAGAGAUCAGCUCAGCCUCCUCACAGAAUUGGUCACCUGUGCUAUGUCCUACGUCAUCGAGCUGUCUUCAACACAUUCUCUUCUUUCUCAUGCCUUCCAGAGAGUUAUAAGUAAACAUUCAGGGGGCAGCUGGGUAGCCCAGUGGAUUGAGAGCCAGGCCUAGAGAUGGGAGUUCUGGGUUCAGAUCUGGCCUCAGACACUUCCCAGCUGUGUGACCCUGGGCAAGUCACUUGACCCCCAUUGCCUAACCCGUACCACUCUUCUGCCUUGGAGCCAAUACACACAGAGGUGGUGACGUUCAAGGAUGUAGCUGUGGAGUUCACGAGGGAGGAGUGGCACCUCUUGUCCCCUCCCCAGAAGGAGCUGUACAAGGAAGUGAUGCUGGAGAAUGCCUGGAACCUGCUCUCUAUGGGGCUUCCAGCACCCUCAGAAGACAUCCUAUCUUAUUUGGAGCAGAGGGAAGCCCUGUGGAUGCUGGAACAAGAAGGCUUGACUAGCUGCUGCCCAGGAGAGAUCAUACCAGAAAUGAAGGUGAAUCCAACAGAGGUGAGCCCUCCUGUGGAAGAAAUGGACCUACAAAAAUUCAUGAGUGUUAGUCACAAUAUCUUUGCUUCCAGAGAAUUCUGUGUUGCUUCUCAAAAUUCAUCCCGUAUUGAACAUCAAAGAAUGCACACUGAAGAACAAUCUAGUGAAAUUAAUCGGUGUGGAAAGAAUUUUAUGCACAGGGCCAGACUUGCUCAAAAUCAGAGAGUACACACUAGUGAGCAAGCUUAUGACUGCAAGAAGUAUGGAAAGACAUUCAGUCAGAGCUCCAGUCUUACUCAACAUCAGAAAAAGCACACUGGGGAGAAAUCUUUUGAAUGCAAGCAGUGUGGAAAGACAUUCAGUCAGAGGUCCAAUCUUGCUAGACAUCAGAGAAGUCACACUGGGGAAAAACCUUACGAAUGCAAGCAAUGUGGAAAGACAUUCAGUCAGAGUUCCAAUCUUGCUGUACAUCAGAGAAGGCACACUGGGGAGAAACCUUACAAAUGCAAACAAUGUGGAAAGACAUUCAGUCAGAGCUCCGAUCUUGCUGAACAUCAGAGAAGUCACACUGGGGAGAAACCUUAUGAAUGCAAGCUAUGUGGAAAGGCAUUCAGUCAGAGUUCCAAUCUUGCUCGACAUCAGAGUAUUCACACUGGGGAGAAACCUUAUGAAUGCAAGCAAUGUGGAAAGGCAUUCCGUCAGAGCUCCAAUCUUGCUGAACAUCAGAGAAGUCACACUGGGGAGAAACCUUAUGAAUGCAAGCAAUGUGGAAAGACAUUCAGUCAGAGCUCAAAUCUUGCUCGACAUCAGAGUAUUCACACUGGGGAGAAACCUUAUAAAUGCAAGCAAUGUAGUAAGACAUUCAGUCAUGGCCCCAAUCUUGCUGAACAUCAGAGGAGUCACACUGGGGAGAAACCUUAUGAAUGUGAGCAGUGUGGAAAAACAUUCAGUCAUAGCUCCAAUCUUGCUCGACAUCAGAGUAUUCACACUGGGGAGAAGCCUUAUGAAUGUAAACAAUGUGGAAAGACAUUUAGUCAUACCUCCAAUCUUGCCGACCAUCAGAGAAGGCACACUGGGGAGAAACCUUAUAAAUGCAAACAAUGUGAGAAGACAUUCAGUCAUAUCUCCAGUCUUGCUGUACAUCAGAGAAAGCACACUGGGGAGAAACCUUACAAAUGCAAGCAGUGUGGAAAGACAUUCAGUCAGAGCUCCAAUCUCAUUGAACAUCAGAGAAGUCAUACUGGGGAGAAACCUUACAAAUGCAAGCAAUGCGGAAAGACAUUCAGUCAGAGCUCCAAUCUUAAACGACAUCAGAAUAUUCACACUGGGGAGAAAGGUUAUGAAUGUUAGGGAAUGUGGAAAGAUAUUCACAAUGCAGCUCCAGUCAUGUUAUUGUGUGAAGGAAAUUCCCCUUUCUCCCUUUCUGGGGCAGCAGUAAUCAAAAGAUAACAAAUGAUGUCAAUUUCAAAUAUGAAAUAAAAUUAUUGCUUUCCAACAACGUCA